AUGGCACAACCUGUUGAACAAGAGGAUGAAUUUGAUUACGAACAGUAUCAUCAAGAAAAGAUCAAACAACAACAAAUUGUGAGAGCAAUUUUACGAGAUGUUCAGAAAGAAUUACCCAAAAUACAAAAAACUGGGGAAAUAGGUUCGGUAGAGGGGAUGGAAAAUCCGCCAUCCAAAUCCCACGCGGCUCCUCCGCCAAACAGGAUCCACAACAUCACACGGUAUUUUGGCUUUGCGGAUGGAUCCAACAAUCCAUCUGCAAAGCGUGGGAUUUGGAUCGAGGAUUUUCCAUCCCCUCGUUCGGUAUUACAAAGAGUGAAGUUGAUUUAA